AUGUCGACCUCGACCAACACAGCCGCCGAGGCGUCGUCCAAAUCGCCGCUUCGGCUGCGCUACAUCGACGCAGCAACGGCGCAAAAGAUCGAUGAGGAGCUCAUGUCGCCCGCCGGCGGCUUUUCCAUCGACCAGCUCAUGGAGCUCGCGGGCCUUUCCUGUGCACAAGCCGUGUUCGAGGUAUAUCCGCCCAUCAAGUAUCCGAACGUGCUCGUGGCGUGUGGGCCGGGCAACCAGGGUGGCGACGGGCUGGUUGCGGCGCGCCACCUGUAUCACUUUGGAUACGAGCCGAGCGUUUGGUACCCAAAGCAAGGGAAGACGGAGCUGUUUGCGCGGCUGCGUGUGCAGCUGCAGAAUCUGGGCGUGCACUUUGUGGCGCAGGACGACUUCCAGGACGCGCUGGAGGAGGCCGACGUGGUGCUCGACAGCGUGUUCGGCUUCUCGUUCAAGGGCGACGUGCGCGAGCCGUUCAAGCUGCCGCUGGAAAACCUCAAGUACGAGUCGAGGAUCGAAUUCGAGGUGCGGAAAAAGAUGCCACCCAUCGUGUCGGUGGAUAUCCCGAGCUCGUGGGAUGUGGAAAAGGGAAACGUCAAGGGCGCUUUUACGCCAAGCGUGCUCAUCAGUCUCACCGCGCCUAAACUUGGGGCUCUCGAGUUUCAGGGUCGCCACUUCCUCGGCGGACGGUUCGUGCCAGAGGAUCUCGAGGCCAAGUUCGAUCUGCAGCUGCCUGAUUAUCCGGGCACAGAGCAGGUGGUCGAGAUCACUGGCGCUCGUCCGCUCGAGUCGCAGUCCCAGUGA